GUUUCUGACGCCGCCAUUAAAGAAUUGGGAGUCGAAGAUACUCUCCUGAGGUCGCUUAGGUCACCUAACAAUUCAAUUUUUAAUAGGGGCUCAAAUAAUAUGAAAAGCCCAUUACGAUUCGUCCAACCUUCAAAACAGUAA